GCGACGUACGCCUAUAGUGUUUUUAGAGCUAGUAUAGUGGUACCCGAAAGAUAACGACGUGUUUACGUCGGGAUGGGCUACGUGUUCCCAUUCCAGAAGCUCUAAGUGUUUUGGCCAGAAGGUGUGAAAAUUUUGGUCAGGUCUGACAAUAUUUUCGGCAUACACAAGAAAACAACCUAAAAUGAAAAGUGUCGAUAUCUAGGAAUGGGCAAGCAAACGUCGACUGGGGUUAUAUUAACAGCUAGCGGUGAAUUAGUUGACAUUAGCUUAUCGAUAGGUGCCGAUUUAAAUGUAGAAGAAGGGUGAUGUGUUGUGGUUGAAUUUUGUUUGCCUAUUACGUUGUAGUUAUUUUUUGCGGCUUUAAUGUUUAUGUUUUGCUUUAGGAAUAAAAAUGCGAUCGAAAUUAGUAAUACAUUUUGCACUCAUACUUUUAGUAAUGGAAAUAUGUGCAGAGGAAGGAAAACAUAGGUUCAAACAUUCAAGUGAAAGUGAAAAGACUGGGGAAAGACAGAGGUUUAGAGACGAAGACGACAGUAACAAUGAAGUGAAUAAACAUGUCAGAAAGGACGAGGAUGACCUGCGGUCUAGUGCAAUUAAAAUCGUUCCUGCACCUGAUCUGUCAAAGUCAGAUGAGGGGAAGUGGACUGAGACUGAAGAAGAAAGUGAAAAUGAUGGUCUUUCAGAGGAAUCAAAAUACUUCCUGCAGAAAAUGAUCUCGAAGCUUGGCAACAUACGUAAAGAUCAUUCAGAGGACGAACAAGACGAAAAGCCAGUAGAAGAAGAGAGCCCACUGCCGUUACAUACAACACCGUUAAGGGAAUUGACCCCAGAAGAAAAGGAAGCUGAGGAAUUGUAUCAGAAAGGAAUGGCCGUACUAAAUGCGACCAGAGGAAACAAGCAGGAGGCAUAUAGAUUACUUCAGCAAGCUGCUAACCUUGGUCAUACAGCUGCUGAGAUGCAGGUCGCUUGGGCACAGUUGCUUGGCUCGACACUGCCGCAGAACCUUGAAGCAGCCAAAGACAGUUUCCAGCAGCUGGCUGAUAGAGGUGUGCCAGAUGCUCAUAUGGGUAUGGGUUUCCUUUAUGCUGCUGGCCUCACUGUGAAUGUCAGCCAAGCACGUGCAUUGGUGCAUUACACAUUUGGGGCAAUUGGAGGAAGUGCGUGGGCUCGCAUGGCUCUUGGUUACCGCUAUGUGUCUGGGGUUAACCUGGUGGGAAGCUGUGAGCGAGCCCUUGACUUCUACAGGAAAGUGGCGAGUAAAGUUUCUGAGGAAGUGUCUCUGUCAGGUGGACAGGCAAUACACCGAAUCAGACUUUUGGAAGAGGCAGAAAAUCCUGGAUACAAUUCAGGAAUUCUUGAUAAUGAUCUCAUAGAGUAUUACCAGAUGUUAGCUGAGAAAGGUGAUGUUCAAGCUCAGGUGGGACUUGGACAGUUGCACUACCAAGGAGGUCGUGGAGUACAACAGGAUCAUCAGAAGGCUCUACAAUACUUCACACAAGCAGCAGAAGCUGGAAACCCUGUUGCAAUGGCCUUUCUAGGCAAGAUCUACUUCGAGGGCAGUGACAUAGUGAAGCAGGAUAAUGAAACUGCAUUAAAGUACUUCAAGAAAGCUGCUGAACUAAACAACCCUGUUGGUUUAAGUGGUCUGGGACUGAUGUACCUACAUGGAAAGGGAGUGGAAAAGGAUUUGGCUAAAGCUUUCAAGUAUUUUUCUCAGGCAGCUGACCAGGGAUGGGUUGAUGGACAGCUGCAACUUGGAAACAUGUACUUCCGAGGCCUAGGAGUGCGUCGUGAUUACAAGUUGGCGAAUAAAUACUUCAGUCUUGCAUCACAGUCUGGUCACAUUCUUGCGUUCUACAAUCUGGCACAGAUGCAUGCGACGGGAACCGGUUUAAUGCGGUCAUGUCCAACAGCUGUUGAGCUUUUCAAAAACGUCGCAGAAAGGGGAAAGUGGGGUGAGAAAUUAAUGGAAGCACACAAUCACUACCGAGAAGGUAGAUAUGAUGAGGCAUUUGUUACAUAUGCAUUACUGGCAGAACUUGGUUAUGAGGUUGCACAAAGUAAUGCGGCCUUCUUAUUGGACAGAGGAGAUGUUUCAAUGUUCGUAGAGCCAGAAACAUAUGUACGUGCUCUAAUGUAUUGGGGCCGUGCAGCAGCACAAGGUUACUCAGCGGCCCAAGUAAAAUUGGGGGACUAUUAUUAUUAUGGAUUGGGAACACCUGUUGAUUAUGAAAUGGCAGCCUCACAUUACCAAAUUGCUUCAGACCAACAACACAAUGCUCAGGCGAUGUUCAAUUUGGGAUACAUGCAUGAGCAAGGCCUUGGAAUGCGACAAGACAUACACUUGGCCAAACGCUGCUACGAUAUGGCUGCAGAAACAAGUGCUGAUGCUAAAGUUCCUGUUACACUGGCUUUAAUGAAGCUUUCUAUUCUCUUUGGUCUAAAAUAUAUACGAGAGCACCACUGGCAGGACUGGUUUCUCCUUCUCAACUUGGACCAAAUAUUUGGUUCCAACUGGGACUUGUACCUGAUAACGACUCUGGUUGGCCUUCUGGGCAUUGUUGUUUACUUUCGAAGACCACAGCUACAGUAAUGUGUGCCAGUCAGCAAAUUUUUAAACCAUUUUAAUUUCCAUGAAACUAUUUAUCAGUGUGCUGUAUGUAGUAAGGGGUGUUGAUGCAAAAACUUUGCUGUACCUGCAUAACUGAAGCUGACUGUUGUGAUGUGCUCCUUAUGUGAUAAAUUGUCAACUGUAAAAAUUGAUUGAAUGGGCAAAAAUAGGUUUCAACAGUUUGUGAUUGUGAUGAAUAGACUAAAAUACAAGAUUUCAUAAAUUUUAUAUUUUUCGCUCAUUUAUUGGUGAAUUUCAGUCUUACAUGCCAAAUUACUGUUUAUUUUUUCUGUAUAAAGACUGUGUUUGGAAUCAGUUUCAUUGCCAAUAAAUGAUGUACACAUUACUAAUAAACUCAGGUCUCCAGGACUUGUGGUGCAAUUCAUAA